GGCUGUACAGGGGAAAAAAAGUAGUAACGGUUAACAAUGGAGGACGUGAAGAAAAGGAAGCUCGAUGAGACGAGCAAUGGACAGUCUUCGCUUUCGUUAGAGCAGCUUCGCUUGCUUCUUGAUCCCCUCAGAAGAGACCAGUUGCUCGAUCUUCUUCUCAAGCUCGGGUCCCAAUAUCCUUCAGUUGCAGAAGAAAUUAAAAGUAUUGCAAGUGCUGAUCCAGUCCAUCGAAAGCUUUUCGUUCGUGGCUUGGCUUGGGACACCACUUCAGAGACCCUGUGUGCUGCAUUCCAAAUGCAUGGGGAAAUCGAGGAAGGAGCUGUGAUUAUUGACAAAGCCACUGCAAAAUCUCGUGGGUAUGGGUUCAUCACGUUUAAACACAUGGAGUCAACUCAAAGUGCAUUAAAGGAACCUAGCAAAUUGAUUGACGGUCGCUUGGCCGUCUGUAACCUAGCUUGUGAGAGCCUAAGUAGUGCAAGCAUAACCCCUGAUCAAGCGCUGAGGAAGCUCUAUAUUGGAGGCCUUUCUCCAGAAACCACCAGUGAGAUUCUGCUCAACUUUUUUUGUAGGCAUGGUGAGAUAGAAGAAGGUUCAGUUGCUUACGACAAAGAGACAAACAAAUCUCGUGGCUUUGGCUUUGUUACAUACAAGACAGUGGAGGCUGCAAGGAAGGCCAUAGAUGAUCCAAAUAAGAUUCUUGGGGGACGGAACAUCACUGUGAAAGUUGCUGACACUCAGAAGGGAAAAGUGGUACAAACACAGCUACCAGCAGCAGUGGUCCCUAUAGCCAUUUCCGUGCCAGCAGGAUAUGCUCAACAGGCACAUGUUGUCAACACUGCUUCUGUAGGCUAUUCUGCUUACCCUCAAUCUGUAGCAGCAUAUCCUAGUUCUGCUUACCCGGAUCAUGCUGCCACAGCUGCUGCUCCAUACCCGCCACAAACUCAGAUUUCUUAUGCUCCGGUAGCUAUAAAGAAAGAACUUGUUGGACUUCCCACUGCAGCACCAGCUGGAAUAAGCGGGUACCCAUAUUAUUUUCCGAAACAAUGAAUCUAUAACUAAAGCCUUGAUGGAAGCAUUUUUUUAUCCUGUAUGGAACAUAAUGUAUAUGCAAGGC